AUGGAUGGGAGAGAAGGCAUGGCAUAUCCAGGUUCAGCUGCAUAUUACCUCAACAGAGGUGCUGGGCCCGGAAAUCCAGUGCCGGGCCCUAAUAUCCAUGGAGGGCCUAGUGGAGGCCCUCAACCAGCCGGCAUACACACACAUGGACCGCCGGUUUUCAAGAACCUCUCAAAUCCCAACAUUUCAGUUCAGCCCAAUGUAGGGGCCAGCGGUGGUGGUGGUGGUGGUUCCGCAAGUGGGGGGUCGUCCUUCCAUAUGGAGAACCCGUCUGCAAAUUUCUCCCAUGGCAAGAGCAUGGCCAUUGUGCCAGGGCCACAGGGGGGUGAGCUCGUGAAGAAAAAGAGGGGUAGGCCAAGGAAAUAUGGGCCGGAUGGGGCUAAUAUGUCUUUGGGUUUGUCCCCACUUUCUGGUUCCAAGAAUUCAUCUGGGGGGAUGAGCUCGGGCGAAAAGAAACCCAAAGGGAGGCCCCGUGGGACGGGAUGGAAACAGAAGCUUGCUCCUCUUGGUGAGUGGAUGAAUAGCUCAGCUGGACUUGCUUUUACACCGCACGUCCUGCGAGUUGCUGUUGGAGAGGAUAUUGCUGCAAAAGUGCUGGCAUUUGCACAACAGAGGGCGAGAGCUUUAUGUAUUAUGUCGGGUAAUGGUUCAGUUUCUGCAAUAACGUUACGCCAGCCUACCACGUCUGGUGCCACCGUCACUUAUGAGGGGCGUUUUGAGAUACUUUGCUUGUCGGGUUCUUACUUGGUAGCUGAAAAUGGUGGUCCCAACAAUCGGACGGGUGGUAUAAGCAUUUCUGUUUGUAGUCCAGAUGGCCAUAUUAUCGGUGGUGCAAUUGGUGGUAGGCUUACCGCAGCAAGCCCAGUGCAGGUGGUUGCAUGCAGCUUUGUGUACAGCAAUACUAAACCUAAGCCCAGCUCGGACCCUGGAACCCGAGAUGAAAGACAUACGUUCGAUCAAUCUGGCGACAAACCAUCCCCAAUCUCGGGACCUUCCGGUCGGAUUUACACUCCGAAUUCUGGAUCAAGUGCUUGGCCCCCGGCUUCACGGUCAGAAGUGAAAAGUUCCCAGACAGAUAUCGACUUAAUGCGCGGAUGA